AUGGCAAACAACUUGAACGACACCACGGAUCCCCAGAAGGAGCUGUUGCGCCUAGCAGCUUUGAAGAACUGCGAGGGAGUUUCAUUUCUUGGAGAAGAAGAGCUAGAUGAGGCCAUUGCCAGUUUCGCCGUCGCGUAUCACUGCAUUGGCCGGGCCCUGCGAGGUGAAUCGUCCGGAGACGAGCAGCAAGAAGGCGGCAACAAUGAAGAUGAAGCCGGUAGCGACAAUGAACGCCCCAACCCGUUGAUCCCUCCCGAGUCUGUGGACAAGUACCACUUUAUCCUGGACACCAACGAGCCUGCGUGGUUUACUGCCACCAAGAUCGACGGGGAAACUCCCGUGCCGCCCACUCCUCGACCACCACAGCAGUGCUUUGUCUAUGAUGAAGCCCUGGUGUUCCACCCGCAAAGCGCGAGUGACCCUCGAGAAGUGAACUUCUUUGAAGCCGUGAUCCUCUUCAACAUGGCCAUCACCUUUCACCAGCAUGCUAGAAUCAGGUAUUCCUCCGAGUCAGGAGGAGCAAACAACGCAACGGCGCAGGCCAGCAGCACUCGGAAGAAUGCCACUCGGGGUCUCAACUGUUACAACCAUUGUCUCAAGCGCUUGAAAGAAGGAAACUACGAACAUUCCACAGAUGAAACUCGGGCCAAUCUGUUUGUAGAAGCUCACAUGAUCAUUGUCUCGCUGAACAACAAGGCUCAGGUCUUGGUGGAGUUGGGAGACUUUCACGAAGCCUUUUGGAUCUUGCGGGAACUGGAAUCGGUCAUGACGUUUUCUCAUGGAAAUCCUCCGGGCUUCAAGCCAGAGGAGAUUCGGGGAUUGCAGGGGACUGUGGAAUUGCUGCGCACAUCAGAGUUCACCGCAGUCCACGAAGCAGUCUGCCGUGAGACUACGGCGACGUCUGCAGGUGGCGGAGCCGAUGACGGAGCCGGUGUGGCUUCCUGA